GUAGGUCUCGGCUGUCACCGGAAGUGGGCUCCUGGGUUGCCCCGAUUGGCCGCUGCGGCGGAGAAGGCGGUUCCAAGGGAGAAGCCUGGUUCCUGGGCCGCUCCGACGAUGGAGCUGAGCGAGAUGCUCUACAACAAGUCCGAGUACAUCGAGACGGCGUCCGGGAACAAAGUCAGCCGACAGUCUGUCCUCUGCGGCAGCCAGAACAUCGUCCUCAAUGGCAAGACCAUCGUCAUGAACGACUGCAUCAUCCGAGGGGACCUGGCCAACGUCAGGGUGGGACGCCAUUGUGUGGUGAAAAGCCGAAGCGUCAUCCGUCCGCCUUUCAAGAAGUUCAGCAAGGGGGUUGCUUUCUUCCCGCUGCACAUUGGAGACCACGUCUUCAUCGAGGAGGACUGUGUCGUCAACGCAGCCCAGAUCGGCUCCUACGUCCACAUAGGCAAGAACUGCGUCAUUGGUCGCCGGUGCGUCCUGAAGGACUGUUGCAAAAUCCUUGACAACACAGUGUUGCCCCCAGAAACGGUGGUCCCGCCCUUCACGGUCUUUUCAGGCUGCCCAGGCCUUUUCUCUGGAGAACUCCCCGAAUGCACGCAAGAGCUGAUGAUUGACGUCACCAAGAGCUACUACCAGAAGUUCCUGCCCCUCACUCAGGUCUAGCACUCUGCAUCCCAUGGGCCUCGAAAGAGCAUUAAGGACCCCCCUGUCUCUGGCAUGGCUGCGCCACUGAGCUCUGUCAGCUCCUAGGAGUUCUGCUGUCAGCCAAUCAAAGACUUGAGAGGAAGGCUCUGCCAGAUGCAUGGUCCAUCCCCCUCCCCAACCCACAUUGUGGUGCCCAAUCUCCCCCUUCCCCUUGUGCUGCUGAAUGGCGUAGGCCUACCAUUGACCAGCUGGGACCAACGCAUGCAAAAACUGGGUGGCAGAGCAGCCUGUGUUCCAGGCAAAGGGCCGCAGCAGUUCCUCUGUGUCCCCCCUCCCAACCCAUGUUCCUUGGCCUAAUUUUGUCCUCUGCAGCAGAGGUGGGGGUCCUGCAGCCCUGCUGCUGAUGUUGGAUUGUAGCUCCCAGCUUCCUUCACUGCUUGGCUGGGGGGCUGCUGGGCAAUGCAGUCCUGCCCCUGCUGUAGAGGGUGAAAUCAAGUCCCCGCUCUCUGCUGGCCUGGAAGUUGUGCUUUGGGCUGAGCCUCUUUCCCUUGUUGGCAGCAGCUAUGCCACUCUUUCAUGGGGUGAGGGGAAGAGGCACAGCGCCGGGUGACCUGUGGAGGGCUUAACGCCUGCCACCAAACCUCCUUGUCCUCACCUUUUCCAAAUGCCAGGCUCCAGCCAAGGGUUCUGUUGGGCUGCAGGGGUUCAUGCGGAUAUAUGCCUGCCGUUUCCUGUGUUUCAUGGCACAUGCAGCUCUGCCACACAUUAACCAGCUGCGGGCUCUCCAAACCCAGAAGCAUCUGAUAGUAACUGCCACUAACUGCACAGCCUCCGUCUGGUCUUUUUGCGUUUUCCUGUACACAAAUUAAAGUCCUCCAAAAGUG